AUGGUGAAACAAGAAUCCAUGCUGAAGGCUACCUUGCCUCUCUUUGCCAGAUUCAUUGUCAGCAAUGGACUGCGGACCAAGCAUGGGGUGUUUGAAGUCACACUGGAGACUGUGGACAAAGCCUUGCCCGUGGUAACAAGGAACAAGGGAUUGAGACUGGUCGAAGGGGCCACAGGCUUGCUUUCCCCUGACCUCCUCCAGCUGACCGACCCUGACACUCCACUGGAGAAACUUACCUUCCUCCUGGCCCAGCUCCCACAACAUGGUCAGCUCUACCUGCAGGGGACAGUGCUGCUUCAACCCAAUUUCACUCAACAGGAUGUGGACAACAGGAAUGUGGCUUAUAGGCACUCAGGAGGGGACUCCCGGAUUGACCAAUUUACUUUUGUGGCCACAGAUAGGACAAACAAAGGCUUUGUUGUGGAUGGGAGAGUGUGGGAAGAACCUGUUUCAUUCACCAUCCAGGUGGACCAGCUGGACAAAACGGCACCCAAAAUCACACACUUGCAUUCUGCCUCUCAAGUGGGACUCCUGAAAAACGGCUGUUACGGGAUUUACAUCACCUCCCGCGUGCUGAAGGCCUCUGACCCUGACACCGAGGAUGAUCAGAUCAUCUUCAAGAUUUCACGAGGCCCUCAACAUGGACAUCUGGAGAACACAACAGGUACUGGUGAAUUUAUCCAUGAAAAAUUUAGCCAAAAGGACUUAAACAGUAAGACCAUUCUUUACAUCAUAAAUCCAUCUCUGGAAGUAAAUUCAGAUGUCAUGGAAUUUCAAAUCAUGGACCCUACAGGGAAUUCUGCCCCUCCUCAAAUUUUGGAAUUGAAGUGGUCUCAUAUUGAAUGGUCACAGACUGAGUAUGAGGUCUGUGAGAAUGUGGGCUUGUUGCCCUUGGAAAUCACCAGAAAGGGAUACUCCAUGGACUCAGCCUUUGUGAGUGUGAAGGUCAACCCAGUGUCAGCUACAGUCGGAAAAGAUUUCACUGUGACUCCAUCUAAGCUGAUUCAGUUUGACCCAGGAAUGUCAGCUAAGAUGUGGAAUAUAGCAAUUACCUAUGACGGAUUAGAGGAAGAUGAUGAGGUCUUUGAAGUAAUUCUGAACUCCCCCGUGAAUGCAGUUCUUGGCAGAAAGACAAAAGCUGCAGUGAAAAUUUUGGACUCAAAAGGAGGACAGUGCCAUCGUUCAUAUUCCCUCAACCAAAACAAGCACAACGCAUGGGAGAAGGGCAUUUGGCGUCCGCUGCCCCCAGGGUCUUCCUCACCCACCACUUCUGGUUCCUUUCAUCUGGAAAGAAAACUUCCAUCUUCUACGAGACUAGCAGUCACCAGAGGAGAGAGCCCGUGGGGAUUUGAGUCUAUGGAUCUUUCUCGAAUGAGGCUUAGGCCCCGUGGGAAUGUCAGAACAAUUCAUCCCUCCUCUGUUUAUAGAAAUGGAACAGACAUCAUUUAUAAUUAUCAUGGGACGGUUUCCCUGAAACUGGAGGAUGACAGUUCCUCAGCUCACAAACAGAAAGCCGAAGUCUCCGUCAUCAGUUGGCCACAAAAGACGAUCCAAGUGGCAGAACUGCCUCAAGCAGAUAAGGUGGAAUCCACAACUGACUCACACUUCCCCAGACAGGACCAGUUGCCCUCAUUUCCAAAGAACUGUACUCUGGAAUUAAGGGGACUCCUCUAUUUUGAAGAAAGCUUCCAAAAGCUGUAUCAGUGCAAUGGGACUGCCUGGAAAGCCUGGAGCCCCCGAACCAAGGAGGUGGAAGACAAGUCCUGCCCAGCUGGGUGGCACCAUCACUCAGGCUACUGCCACUCCUUGAUCAUGGAGCAGAAACAUACCUGGACUGCAGCUGCUCAAGCUUGCAGGGAACAACACCUGGGCAGCCUUGUAACUGUCCUCACAAGGCAGCAUAUGCGAUGGCUCUGGUACAUCAGUGGAAGGAGGCCCUUCUGGAUAGGUUUGAAUGACCAAGUGCAUGCUGGCCACUGGGAGUGGAUUGGUGGUGAGCCCGUCGCCUUCACCAACUGGAGGAAAUUACCCCGUCAACAUUCAAAGCCUGGAAAGAACUGUGUUUUGGUUCAUAGACAAGGGAAAUGGCAGGCCAAGGACUGUAGGCAGGGCAAACCCCACAAUUAUAUAUGCUCCAGGAAACUCUAAAUGUAACUGGCCUUCUAGGUGCCCGCCUGGGAUUUCUCACCUAUUUAUUUAUGGGAUGUGUGAAUAUUGCCCACGAGAAAACCAGUUGUCAUGACUUACUUCUUAUAUUUUUAAAAUCAUAGUUUGUAAGUGAUCCUCUCUAGUUAAAAAUGGAACAAAAAUUAAUUGUUCCAGAAAGAUUGAUAAAUGAAUAUUUCUUAUAAAAUGAGAUACAAUUUUUGCAUCUCAAUACCUUUUAAAGUAAAAGCUUGCAGUAUUAUAAGAUGUAGGAUUUGUUUAUUCC